AUGUCUUUUGAUAUCAAUUGGAGUACCUUAGAAUCUGAUAAUAGACUUAAUGAUCUUAUUAAAAAGCAUUUGAAUUCAUAUUUACAGAACACGCAACUACCAAGCUACGUAAGCAAUCUAAGAGUACUAGAUUUUGAUUUGGGAAAGGCUGGUCCUGCAAUAACUUUAAAAGAAAUAACGGAUCCUCUGAAUGAGUUUUAUGAUUCAAUUAGAGAAGAGCUUGAGGAUGAAGAGGCAAAAGAAAGUGAUGAAAACGAGGACAGACCCGAACGGAUUAUUACUGAGCGUGGCGUAGCUGAUCAAAAUACGCUUAAUGAGGAUUCUGAGCCACUCGUGGUCAUGCCAUCUCCAAAUGAUAUGCAAUUUCUGCUAGAAGUUGAGUAUAAAGGUGAUCUACUUGUUACAAUAGGAGCCGAUCUUGUACUUAACUAUCCUGUUGAAAAGUUCAUGACUUUACCUGUAAAACUUUCCAUUAGCGAUAUCGGGCUCCACUCUCUUUGUAUUGCAGCAUAUUUAUCGAAGCAACUAUUUUUCAGUUUUUUGUGUGAUGUUAGUGAUCCUGCAUUGGAUGACAACCAAGUUGUUUUAGAUCCUAAGGGACCGAUCCUGGCAGCUACUAAGCCGCUAGAACGAAUAUCUAUUGUGAGAAGUAUGAAGAUCGAAACGGAAAUAGGUGAACAGUAUCAGGGACAGGGUUCAGUACUGAGAAGUGUUGGAGAAUUGGAACAGUUUUUGUUUACGAUAUUCAAAGAUUUUCUAAGAAAAGAACUGGCAUGGCCAAGUUGGAUUAAUCUAGAUUUUAACGAUGAUAGCGAAUAG